UGUUACAAUCCCAAACCACAAGGGUUUAGAUUAAACAGAAUCAGUAUAUAUGGUGAUGAUCUUUCUGUUAUCUCUUCUAUCCAUUGGCUCUACAGCUGAUGAUGAAGGCUGGCUGUCAAUAGAACGUGAUGCGUACUACAACUACCAUCUGGAGACCACACCUCUGGAGAUAAGGACAAACAGUGAGCUGGAUAGUAAUGAUAGGGUGACUGUGUUCUUUUCCACUUCAGAGGGACACUAUGCAGGAGGCAUCAACCUCAGUUUCGGCUCUUCCGUAAAGUUCUGGAUUUGGGAUUGUAGCACGGAUAGCAUUGACUUACCCGUAAAUAUCAGUUCCUCAGAUACGGAAAAGGUCUGGAGAAUAACAUUAGUUAAGACCUCGAGUAUCAGAUUGGUUCUACACUGCGACGAGGUGGAGGUGCUCGAUUUCCUUUUCUCAGACGCUACAUGUGGAGACAAGUCGUGGACCAAAGACUGGAGUAGGGAUGUAACAGAGAUAGAGUUUGAGGUCUACGACACUGCAUCCGAUUUCUACAGACCUCAGCCAGAUGCCUGUGCAGCAGGAACCUACAGGUCUCCUAACAAGACCACCUGUAACCAGUGCGAGGGAGACACUAUUAGUUACGAAGGUGCUACUUCCUGUACCCCGUGUCAUGUUGGAGAGGUAGCUAACUCUGAGAGGACUGAAUGUGGUGCUCCUGUCAGCAACUUAGAUUCUACAGGAAACAAAUCCGCUCCGUUGGUUCCGUGGAUCCUAGCUGGUUUUUUCUUCCUUACAACAGUUCUCAUAACAUUAUUUGCUGCACGGAAGUUGCUCCGAAGAAUAUUCUCAUGCAGGAAUACCAAUGUCCCUGGCCAAGGGGACGCAGAUAAGCAAAUAAAGUUAAUCUCAGCCGAGUCUUCAUCCCAUCAUUCUGUCAGCUAAAACAACGAGCACUGCGAAGUUUAAACUCCGUUCGAGAGACAUUGUUGAUCAGCAAAAAUAUAAGCGGCUAAAACUAUGAACAAAACGGUCGUUUGCACGUUUUAGCCGUCCUAACUUUAACUGAUAAGAUACCACAAAAUAUUAUAUGGUCCGUGA